UCCCCUGGCUGAGCUGUUGUUCCUGAGGUCAGACCCCAGCCAGUCUUUUGUGUACGUGCAGGACCAUGGUGGCUUCAGUUCCUACCCCACCCUUCCUAGGAACUCUACUUGUGGCAAACGGAUAUUCAAGCUUACAAGUCCGCCCUCCCCACUCUGAUAAAUGCAAGAAAAACUGAGAAGGGAGGAGCAAGUUGGGAUGAAAGUAUCUGGGCCAAAGUGACCUGGAAACCACUGGAGAAGAAGCUGCUGACUGAGAAGGAGGUAUAUGGCUCCGGCGGGAUCCCCAGCUUGGAGGACUGGUUAGCAGCUGCACGUUCUGGGUCUGUCUUGGGUAUUCCCAUAUGGCCAUGAGAUCCGGGAGGCACCCCUCGCUGCUGCUGCUUCUAGUGCUGCUGCUGUGGCUGCUGCAGGUCAGUAUCAUUGACAGUGUCCAACAGGAAACAGAUGAUCUUACUAAGCAAACACAGGGAAAGAGCUACCAGCCUCUACGGCGAUCCAAGAGAAGAUGGGUUAUCACCACCUUGGAGCUGGAGGAGGAAGACCCGGGACCGUUUCCCAAACUGAUUGGUGAGCUGUUCAAUAAUAUGUCUGAUAACAUGUCGCUAAUGUAUCUACUCAGUGGACCUGGUGUGGAUGAAUAUCCAGAGAUUGGUUUGUUUUCUCUUGAAGAUCAUGAGAACGGAAGGAUAUAUGUUCACCGCCCUGUUGAUCGAGAAAUGACACCGUCUUUCACGGUUUAUUUUGAUGUUGCGGAGCGCUCAACAGGACAAAUUGUGGAUAAAUCCUUGAUUUUCAACAUUAGGAUCAGUGAUGUGAAUGAUCAUGCACCCCAGUUUCCAGAGAAGGAAUUUAACAUCACUGUGCAAGAAAACCAAUCUGCAGGUCAACCCAUUUUUCAGAUGUUAGCAGUCGAUUUGGAUGAAGAAAACACUCCAAAUUCUCAAGUCCUUUACUUCCUCAUUUCUCAAACACCAUUACUGAAAGAAAGUGGUUUCCAGGUUGAUCGCAUUAGUGGAGAAAUACGACUCUCCGGGUGCUUAGAUUAUGAGACUGCUCCUCAGUUUACACUGCUAAUCAGAGCCAGGGACUGUGGAGAACCGUCACUGUCAUCCACGGCCACCGUUCACAUGGAUGUGCAAGAAGGCAACAACCACAGGCCCAUAUUUACCCAGGAGAACUAUAAGAUUCGGAUUCCUGAAGGCCGAGUCAGCAAGGGCGUGGUGCGUCUCCUGGUUCAAGAUGGAGAUUCUGCAUUUACAUCAGCUUGGAGAGCAAAAUUCAGCAUAUUGCAUGGCAACGAAGAAGGACAUUUUGACAUUUCGACUGACCCUGAGACCAACGAAGGGAUAUUAAAUGUUAUCAAGCCUUUGGAUUAUGAGACUCGCCCAGCACGAAGCCUCGUCAUUGCCGUGGAGAAUGAGGAGAGGCUCUUCUUCUGCGAGAGAGGAAAGCUUCAGCCACCAAGGAAAGCAGCAGCAAGUGCCACUGUGAGUGUGCAGGUGACAGACACCAACGACCCACCAACCUUUCAUCCCCAGAGCUUCAUUGUCAGUAAAAACGAGGGCGCCGGGCCUGGGACCCUGUUGGGAACUUUUAAAGCCACGGAUCCAGACAGCCAGAUAAGAUAUAAACUAGCUCAUGACCCAGCAAACUGGGUCAGCGUAGAUGAAAACUCCGGAGUGGUCACCACCGUGGAGCCAAUUGACCGAGAAUCCCCUCAUGUCAAUGACAGUUUUUAUAUAAUCAUCGUUCAUGCUGUUGAUGAUGGCUUCCCCCCGGAGACUGCUACAGGGACCCUAAUGCUCUUCCUGUCUGACAUCAAUGACAACGCCCCGACUCUCCGGCCACAUUCCUGCUACGUGGAGGUCUGUGAGUCUGCCGUGCAUCAGCCCCUACACAUCGAGGCAGAGGAUCCGGACCUGGAGCCCUUCUCUGAUCCAUUUACAUUUGAAUUGGACAACACCCAGGGAAACGCAGAGGACACAUGGAAGUUGGGGAAAAAUUGGGGUCAGUCAGUUGAACUUUUAACUUUGAGAAGCCUGCCACGUGGUAAUUACUUGGUGCCACUCUUCAUUGGAGACAAACAGGGACUUUCCCAGAAGCAAACUGUCCGUAUAAGGAUCUGCCCCUGUACCAGUGGGUUCACGUGUGUGGAGCAUGCAGAUGCAGGAGUGGGGCUUCUUGUGGGGGCCCUGUCCCCUGUCUGUGCAGCAUUUGUGGCUCUGGCAGUGGCUCUGCUUUUCCUGUUGCGACGCUAUUUUGUGCUUGAACCUAAGAGGCAUGGAUGCUCUAUAUCCAAUGAUGAAGGCCACCAAACACUGGUCAUGUAUAAUGAGGAGAGCAAAGCCACUUCAGCCCAGACAUGGUCAGAUGUUGAAGGCCAGAGGCCGGCUCUGCUCGUCUGCAUAGCUGCAGCAGGACCCAAGCAGGGAGCUAAGGAUCACAAGGAAGUGCCUCCAUCUGCAGCGAGCAGGGCAGCCCAAUCACACUCUGCUCUGGGGAGUUGGGGUUAUGGCGAGCUCUUUGAGUCAAGAGGUGUGAAAAACAUAUACUCUACUCCUGCUUACCCAGAUGCCACAGUGCACAGACAACUCCUGGCUCCGGUGGAAGGAAGGAUGGCGGAGACAUUGAAUCAGAAACUCCAUGUUGCCGACGUGCUGGAAGAUGACCCCGGCUACCUACCUCACGUCUACAGCCAGGAGGGGGAGUGUGGAGGGGCCUCAUCCCUCAGCUCUCUGGCCAGCUUGGAACACGAACUGCCGCCUGAUUUGCUGGACUCUUUGGAUUCAAAGGCGACUCUGUUUGAGGAAAUAUAUUCAGAGUCAGGUGGUCCUUCCUAAAACAAUGUAUAUUUUUGAGAAUUGAAAUAAUUCAUGGAGGGGAAUCACUAUUCAUGGAUUUUUCCCCUUUGCUCUUCUUUUCCCUCCUUAAAAAAAAAAUCACCUUCUAGUCCUAGGAUGAGGACACACUAUUAGUUUGAAUUAAAUGCUUUGAUAUUCUGAGACCAGCCAUCUUGAACCCAAGCAAAACCACAAGUUGUGCUUUCUUAAAAUUUGAUUUGUCAUAUUUUCUAGAGAAACUUGAAUUUAAUUGUUAUUCUUAGCUUCCACUGGCAGCCUAACUUUGAGGGUAAAUGAAAAUAUAACCCAUCGAUUACCCAGCCACUGGGGAACAGCAGGUAAUACUGAAGAAAAAUAAAAAUAGAUUUUAAAACGUUAUUUACGUUUCUAUAAUUAUGAUUCUGCUUCCAUUUAAGGGAAAACUUAGGUAAAUAGAGAAAUGUUUUCUAUAACAUUUGUAAUCAGUAUUUUAAGUGAUUUUUAAAAAAAUAACUAUUGAUCCCUAUUCACUUUUUGAUUAGAUAAAUAGAUAAAAUAUGGUAUCUUGAGAGAAAUGAUUAUGCUGAAAGCUUUAUAAACAAUACACUCUUUAAAAAAUGAAGAGCUGACAUAAUUUAACUUGUAUGUGUUAUGUAAGUAGAAGAGUUUAGGAGCCUUUGAAUGAAUAAGUUCUGAUUAGAUUUUAUCUUUAAACAAAACCACACAAUUUAAUUGGUUUUUACUUGUCCACUUACUGCUAAUGUCAGUUUCAGGGGAGGAAAUGGUUUCUUUUAAAAAUCUUAAUAGGGAGACAUAUGCCCUAAAAUAGUCAGUUUUCUAGUCUGUGUAGUAGAUAAGAGACUGACUAAGCAAAGUUUAAAAUGCUAUUAGCACACUUUAAUGCACAUAUUGAAUAUCUAAAAGUCUACAGCCAUAUAAAAUUUUUAUGUAAUUAGUGAGCAAAUACUCUCUUUCACGCCCUGAAAUAAAUCAGUAGAAACAUGUUUGCUGUUGAAUCAACGAAGUAUUAUGUUAAACGGAGAGUUACAGCUCACAGUUAAAACGUUCCCCUUCUUUUUGAAGAAGCUGUGCAAAUAAUUCUUUUAAAGAGAUCUGGACUUUCUCACCUGGUUACCUCGCUCUUUCUCUGCUUUGAAAAGCUGAAAAAGAAGAAAAACCACAUUUAAAGCACUGGAAUGUCUGAAUGGGACGCUUGAAUGUGUAGAACAGCUGUAUUGAUCCUAGCAUGACUCAGAGGACAGUCUAGGACAUUUUCUGAGUAAUUCAGGAUAAAAGUCAUUUUUUUUAAGAAAAAUAUAUGUGUUUGGACAACAAAACAAAAUAAACACAUUAUUCAGUUGCCUCCUUAUACUUACCUCUUUCAUUCUGUUCCCUGUAGAUUUUUCAAAAAUUCUCUCAGGUUUUAAAACUUUAUUAUUUUAUUUUAAAUAAUUGACAUAUAAUAAUUAUACAUAUUCAUGGGGUACAUAGUCAUGUUUCAAUACAUCUACAGUGAUAAAAUCAGGGUAAUUAGCAUAAUCAUUGGCUCAAACGUUUUUCAUUUCUUUGUAUUAGGAUGGAGCAUUCAGUAUUCAUCCCCCUUCUAGCUAUCUAAAACUAUGUGUUAUUGUUAACUAUAGUCAUCCUAUAAUGGUAUAGAGUGCUAGAACGUAUUCUUCCUAGGAAUAAUUUGCUGUAAUUUUGUAUCCUUUAAUACAUCUCUCCCUAUCCCUCUUUCCCCCUACCCUUCCCAGCUGCUGUAUCCUCUGUUCUACCUUCUACUUCUGAGAUAAACUUGGUUUUAGCUUCCA